GCUAAAUGUCCAAAUGAUGGAAACCUCACCACAUAUCAAGGAAUAUUGAAGAGUCCAGGAUUUCCAAAAUCUUCGUACCAAGCAGACACAGUUUGCAUUUGGGUGAUAACUGCGCCAAGAGGCGGCAAAGUCAAAUUUGCAAUAUCAACAAUGGAGUUGGAGGACUGUUCUUUGUGCCGUUGUGAUUACGUUGAAGUCAGGGACGGUGCCACGGCUAAUAGUCAACUUAUCGGCAGGUUUUGUGACGAAGAGAGAGUAAAUCUUUAUUCAGAAGGAAGACACAUGUGGGUGAAAUUUAGAUCAGAUGUGGCGAUGGAAUAUCGAGGAUUCUCUGCCAGCUUUUCUUACUUGAAAUUACGAAAAAGUGAGUUUGUGAUCACCGGUUCACACAGUCCACAAUCCAACAAUGUUGUGUAAGCCUAAGAUGUAGGCAUUUUUAAUGCAGCAUGUUUAAAUGUAUAGCAAUUAUCUGGAAGAUGUAAUCAUCAGAAAAAUGCGUGGACAUCAUUUACUAUUCGUAACCGAUAAAGCGGCAAAUUUGAAUGCGACCUCGCUUUCAUGAGCCCUAAAUUAGAGAUGAAUUGGCCAAAAUUGGCCCACAAGGCUUCGUAGAACCCACUUCGUGGAACCAACUGAGUUUUAGAAAAGCUUACUUGAUGAUCAAAGACAGUCAUUUUCGGAGUGUAGUAAUUUAAUGCUUUUUUCCGUCUUGUCACAAGAGUGAGACAGUGCAAGAAAAAAAAGUGUCAGUGAGUCCUCAUGAGGAAUCGAACUUCCGAUCUCCGGAUUCCGCACUCCUUUCUUAUUAAAGUUACGUAUAUGACACUUUCAAAACCGCACACCGUAGCAGCGCAAAAAACUUGGCUUACCACAAAGCUUCUGUGGCUCAGUUAUAAAGCAUCAGAGCGCGGAAUCCGAUGAAGACUAAGAAUUUUUUCUUUGCCUCACGCUCGAGACGAGACGAAAAACAUUCUUUUCUGGUUAUAAGCAAAACUGUAACAAAAUCACCAUCAUUCGGGCCCUCGCAACUUGAAAACGUCUUUUCUUUUCCGGUAAAAACAUCGGUGACACGUACGCGAACGGCUAAUGUAUACUGUUCGAUUCAUCUAACUUUUUGGUAUAUCUAACUGUAAAGAAACACAGAAAAAUCCACUUGUUAUCUGCGGGAGCAUAUUCUUAUGAGUGAGACACAAGCAAAUUAUACUUGUUUUCACGUUUGUAUAUGAUCUCUUUAACUCAUAUCUCCUCUUCUAAUUUUGGUUUCUGCAGAGGAACCUUUCAUUAUGCAGGCAAAUGGAUCAUCCCAACUCAUAGCUAGUUCAAAAAGUCCAGCUGUUUGUGGCUCUGAUAAAAAAUGCAUAUGGAUAAUUUCCGCUCGUGAAAGAUGUAAAGUUCAAAUCUCAAUAAAAUCAUUUGCCUUCCUGAAUUGUUUGGGACCAUUUGUGGAGAUCAGAGACGGCCCUAGCUCUUCUAGUCCAUCAAUUGGAAGGUUUUGUGGAGAUGAGAAGCCUCCGCCAGAAAUCUACUCCAUAGGAAAUAAUCUAUGGAUAACUUUUGAAUACAACUCUACGAGAGACUUACAAAUGAAUGGUUUCCAGCUCUUGUACAAAGAAGUACAAUGCACCAAUAAACCACAGAUAGGAUUCUUCACUGAGCCUUUGAAUUCUGGUAAGGAUUAAUCCACUUUGCAAUCAUCAGCACUAAAAUAUAAGAAAACUAUAUAACGCGGUGCUUGACCUGAGACCAAGCACACCUACCUAGAGACAGUCUGUAUUUAUCACCUGGGGAAGGGAGGGGGGGGGGGAGAGUUGAAGGAUUUUGAGCUGAGGAUCACAUGGUUUUCAAGAGAACGGGGGGAGGAUCAGUUGUUGUAAACAGAGUAUAACUGGAGGCUAUAGAAAAUUGAAUGCCAAUUAACUGCCACAAAGGUUUGAAAAGAACCCAUUUUAGCAAGUUACCAUUUCUAGGUUUUGUAGUAAACUUUUACAUUACUCUCUAGUUAAUACAAUUUUCUCUUUUUAGCUAAAUGUCCAAAUGAUGGAAACCUCACCACAUAUCAAGGAAUAUUGAAGAGUCCAGGAUUUCCAAAAUCUUCGUACCAAGCAGACACAGUUUGCAUUUGGGUGAUAACUGCGCCAAGAGGCGGCAAAGUCAAAUUUGCAAUAUCAACAAUGGAGUUGGAGGACUGUUCUUUGUGCCGUUGUGAUUACGUUGAAGUCAGGGACGGUGCCACGGCUAAUAGUCAACUUAUUGGCAGGUUUUGUGACGAAGAGAGAGUAAAUCUUUACUCAGAAGGAAGACACAUGUGGGUGAAAUUUAGAUCAGAUGUGGCGAUGGAAUAUCAAGGAUUCUCUGCCAGCUUUUCUUACUUGAAAUUACGAAAAAGUGAGUUUGUGAUCACCGGUUCACACAGUCCACAAUCCAACAAUGUUGUGUAAGCCUAAGAUGUAGGCAUUUUUAGUGCAGCAUGUUUAAAUGUAUAACAAUUAUCUGGAAGAUGUAAUCAUCAGAAAAAUGCGUGGACAUCAUUUACUAUUCGUAACCGAUAAAGCGGCAAAUUUGAAUGCGACCUCGCUUUCAUGAGCCCUAAAUUAGAGAUGAAUUGGCCAAAAUUGGCCCACAAGGCUUCGUAGAACCCACUUCGUGGAACCAACUGAGUUUUAGAAAAGCUUACUUGAUGAUCAAAGACAGUCAUUUUCGGAGUGUAGUAAUUUAAUGCUUUUUUCCGUCUUGUCACAAGAGUGAGACAGUGCAAAAAAAAAAAGUGUCAGUGAGUCCUCAUGAGGAAUCGAACUUCCGAUCAUCGGAUUCCGCACUCCUUUCUUAUUAAAGUUACGUAUAUGACACUUUCAAAAUCGCACACCGUAGCAGCGCAAAAAACUUGGCUUACCACAAAGCUUCUGUGGCUCAGUUAUAAAGCAUCAGAGCGCGGAAUCCGAUGAAGACUAAGAAUUUUUUCUUUGCCUCACGCUCGAGACGAGACGAAAAACAUCCUUUUCUAGUUAUAAGCAAAACUGUAACAAAAUCACCAUCAUUCGGGCCCUCGCAACUUGAAAACGUCUUUUCUUUUCCGGUAAAAACAUCGGUGACACGUACGCGAACGGCUAAUGUAUACUGUUCGAUUCAUCUAACUUUUUGGUAUAUCUAACUGUAAAGAAACACAGAAAAAUCCACUUGUUAUCUGUGGGAGCAAAUUCUUAUGAGUAAGACACAAGCAAAUUAUACUUGUUGUUUACACGUUUGUAUAUGAUCUCUUUAACUCACAUCUCCUCUUCUAAUUUUGGUUUCUGCAGAGGAACCUUUCAUUCUGCAGGCAAAUGGAUCAUCCCAACUCAUAGCUAGUUCAAAAAGUCCAGCUGUUUGUGGCUCUGAGAAAAAAUGCAUAUGGAUAAUUUCCGCUCGUGAAAGAUGUAAAGUUCAAAUCUCACUAAAAUCAUUUGCCUUCCUGAAUUGUUUGGGACCAUUUGUGGAGAUCAGAGACGGCCCUAGCUCUUCUAGUCCAUCAAUUGGAAGGUUUUGUGGAGAUGAGAAGCCUCCGCCAGAAAUCUACUCCAUAGGAAAUAAUCUAUGGAUAACUUUUGAAUACAACUCUACCAGAGACUUACAAACGAAUGGUUUCCAGCUCUUGUACAAAGAAGUACAAUGCACCAAUAAACCACAGAUAGGAUUCUUCACUGAGCCUUUGAAUUCUGGUAAGGAUUAAUCCACUUUGCAAUCAUCAGCAUUAAAAUAUAAGAAAACUAUAUAACGCGGAGCUUGACCUGAGACCAAGCGCACCUACCUGGAGACAGUCUAUAUUUAUCACCUGGGGAAGGGGGGGGGGGAGAGUUGGAGGAUUUUGAGCUGAGGAUCACAUGGUUAUCAAGGGAACGGGGGGAGGAUCAGUUGUUGUAAACAGAAUAUAACUGGGGGCUAUAGAAAAUUGAAUGCCAAUUAACUGCCAACAAAGGUUUGAGGGCAGGGGGGGUCAUGAGAUUAUCACAAGGCCAUGAGGAGGGAUCGGGUCAAUUUUCUCGUGACGCAUCUCCAACCCUUCCCCCCCUCCCUAGGUGAUAAAUUAUGACAGGUCCUUUUGGGGUAUUGUGGAAAUUUUUGAGGAUUGCCUCUAUGAGAUUUUUUUUGGGGGGAAGGGUGCGGAAAUUCUAUUUCCAACCCUCCCCUGGGAACAGUAUCAUAAAUGAAAUUAUGACAAAACGUUUUUGAAAUAUGUUUUUUAACUUAAUACCUUUAAAAUAAGAAACUGGUGUCAGUUUGGACGUCAAUCCCCUUCUUUGAACUUGUGAGCAAGACGAGGCUAAUAUAGGUGCCCCUACCUCGACGGGAAAAUUCGGACACCGCAAAUUCAAUGUGAAGAGUUUUCAUUCCGUCUUUCAUAAUUCCCUGAACCAUCCAAUCUGAUUUUUCACUUUCCGCAAAACUGAGUGAUAUCUUAAGACAUCAUUGUUAGAUUUCCGUGGAUAAGCACGCGUGUAUGUGCUUGUGUGCCCGCAAUGCUGCUGAUGGAUUUGAUUAAUUAAGUAAAUUUACCACACGAAGUUCUUUUGUUCCACAUUCAUAUAAGGCUAACAGUAAGGCAAGUAAAAAACAAAGAAGAGCUGUGCGAGGGAAGACGGGGGUAGGGUGCAAUUUAAUGACUAGGAUAGAUUAUUUUUCUGCUAAGAAUUCUAUUUUAAUUUUGCAGAUCAUUGGAAAAGUAUGGCCGUUGGAAUCGGCUGCACAAGUUUAUUUCUUUUUGUUGUUCUCGUGUGGUGUUUUCUGAAGGUAGCAAGCAAUUCCAGUCGCUUUGUAGAAUUCGAGCGAACAAUGUCACUGAUUGAGCAGAAUCCAACAGAGUCCUCCAUUGCGGAAACAUGUUUUACUAACGACAGAGAUCUGUGA